GGCUCCACGGGCAGAAUGGGGCUCCCGGCGCUCGAGUUCAGCGACUGCUGCCUCGACAGCCCUCACUUCCGAGAGACGCUCAAGUCACACGAAGCGGAGCUGGACAAGACCAACAAAUUCAUCAAGGAGCUCAUCAAGGACGGGAAGUCGCUCAUCAGCGCGCUCAAGAAUUUGUCUUCAGCAAAGCGGAAGUUUGCGGAUUCCUUAAAUGAAUUUAAAUUUCAGUGUAUAGGAGAUGCAGAAACAGAUGAUGAGAUGUGUAUAGCGAGAUCGUUGCAAGAAUUUGCCACUGUUCUCAGGAAUCUUGAAGAUGAGCGGAGUCGAAUGAUUGAGAAUGCCAGCGACGUGCUCAUCACACCCUUGGAAAAGUUUCGAAAGGAGCAGAUCGGGGCUGCCAGGGAAGCCAAAAAGAAGUAUGACAAAGAGACAGAGAAGUAUUGUGGCAUCUUAGAAAAGCAUUUGAAUUUGUCUUCCAAAAAGAAGGAAUCCCAGCUACAGGAGGCAGACAGCCAAGUGGACCUGGUUCGGCAACAUUUCUACGAAGUGUCCCUGGAAUAUGUCUUUAAGGUGCAGGAAGUGCAAGAGAGAAAGAUGUUUGAGUUUGUAGAACCUCUACUGGCCUUCCUGCAAGGACUCUUCACUUUCUAUCACCAUGGUUAUGAGCUGGCCAAGGAUUUUGGUGACUUUAAGACACAGCUGACCAUCAGCAUCCAAAAUACAAGAAACCGCUUUGAAGGAACCAGAUCUGAAGUGGAAUCGCUGAUGAAGAAGAUGAAGGAAAACCCCCUUGAGCACAAGACCAUCAGCCCAUACACCAUGGAAGGGUACCUGUAUGUGCAGGAGAAGCGUCACUUUGGAACUUCCUGGGUGAAGCACUACUGUACAUACCAACGGGAUUCCAAGCAAAUCACCAUGGUUCCAUUUGACCAGAAGUCAGGAGGAAAAGGGGGAGAAGAUGAGUCUGUCACCCUCAAAUCCUGCACACGGCGAAAGACAGACUCCAUUGAGAAGAGGUUCUGCUUUGAUGUGGAAGCAGUAGACAGGCCAGGGGUUAUCACCAUGCAGGCGUUGUCGGAAGAGGACCGUAGGCUCUGGAUGGAAGCCAUGGAUGGCCGGGAACCUGUCUACAACUCCAACAAAGACAGCCAGAGUGAAGGGACCGCACAGUUGGACAGUAUCGGCUUCAGCAUAAUAAGGAAGUGCAUCCAUGCGGUGGAAACCAGAGGGAUCAAUGAACAGGGACUCUACCGAAUCGUGGGGGUCAACUCCAGAGUGCAGAAGUUGCUGAGCGUCCUGAUGGACCCCAAAGCAGCUUCUGAGACAGAAACUGAUAUCUGUGCCGAAUGGGAGAUAAAGACUGUCACUAGUGCCCUGAAGACCUACCUGAGAAUGCUUCCAGGACCACUCAUGAUGUACCAGUUUCAAAGAAGUUUCAUCAAAGCAGCAAAGCUGGAAAACCAAGAGACUCGUGUCUCUGAGAUCCAUAGCCUUGUCCAUCGGCUUCCAGAGAAGAAUCGUCAGAUGUUGCAGUUGCUCAUGAACCACCUGGCCAAUGUUGCUAACAACCACAAGCAGAAUCUGAUGACUGUGGCAAACCUUGGCGUGGUAUUUGGACCCACCUUGCUGCGACCUCAGGAAGAAACCGUGGCGGCCAUCAUGGACAUCAAGUUUCAGAACAUUGUCAUCGAGAUCUUAAUAGAGAACCAUGAGAAGAUAUUCAACACGGUGCCUGAUGUGCCCCUCACCAAUGCCCAGCUCCAUCUGUCCCGGAAGAAAAGCAGCGACUCCAAGCCCCCAUCGUGCAGCGAGAGGCCCCUGACCCUCUUCCAUGCUGUUCCGUCCACAGAAAAACAGGAGCAGAGGAACAGCAUCAUCAACUCCAGUUUGGAAUCAGUCUCCUCGAGUGCAAACAGCAUCCUUAACUCUAGCAGCAGCCUGCAGCCCAAUAUGAAUUCCAGCGACUCAAACCUGGAUGUAGUCAAGCCUACUCGGCCCAAUUCACUCCCCCCGAAUCCAAGCCCAACUUCACCCCUCUCGCCAUCAUGGCCCAUGUUCUCGGCGCCAUCCAGCCCUAUGCCCACCUCAUCCACGUCCAGCGACUCAUCCCCCAUCAGGUCUGUGGCAGGGUUUGUUUGGUUUUCUGUUGCUGCCGUUGUUCUCUCAUUGGCUUGGUCCUCUCUUCAUGCAGUGUUCAGCCUCCUCGUCAACUUUGUUCCCUGCCAUCCAAACCUGCACUUGCUUUUUGACAGGCCAGAAGAAGCGGUCCAUGAAGACUCCAGCACACCGUUCCGGAAGGCGAAGGCUUUAUACGCCUGCAAAGCUGAGCACGACUCUGAGCUCUCGUUCACGGCAGGCACCGUCUUCGAUAAUGUUCAUCCAUCUCAGGAGCCUGGCUGGUUGGAGGGGACUCUGAAUGGAAAGACUGGCCUCAUCCCAGAGAACUACGUGGAGUUCCUCUAACCUCGAGCCCCAGUGGAGCUGCUGAGCUUUACGUGGUUUCCAUGACAACUGCUGCUUCUGGUGUUGUGGGCCACUUUUCAUUGCCACUGAGAAAGCAGGGAGCCUGACUGUUGCUUCCUGCCAACAUGAAUGCAACUGGGAAUGUGUGCCGCCAUUCUCCACAAUCAUCUCAGCUUACAGCACAGUGAUGCUGCAGGAACUGCACAUCAGUCAGCAGAGAGGCCAUUGGCUUUUGAUAACCCAGAGGAAGGCUUACAAAGCUGUCUUCUCAUGAGUGCCCUAGAGAGCCCUGAAUUCAUUUCAACCAUCGUCCAAGCCCACAGCCUUCUGGGAAGAGGAAGCAGGAUGAGAAUAAUACUAAAGAAAGUGCAGCAUUGCUGAGUUGGAAGAGACAGGGCAAAGAAAUUGGCACAAGGUGCAGGCUGCCUCUACUGCUGUUGCUUAUAGCAGAUGCUCUUUCUUGCUCCUUCCUUCUCCCAGAGACACAGUGCUGCAGGCAGCUGGGCCUGUCUGCAAGCGCACAGGAUGAAGGGGUUGCCACACUGUUUAUAUAUGGUCCAAUCUCUCACCAUCUCCUGAGCAGCUGUUGGCCUAUAAUCAGCAGAUUUCAGUCCAGUCCUCUCAUGCAAAGAAACACACGCCCCUCACGUUCUCUGCCUCUGAAGACUUCCAUCACUGCCAUCACCUAGUAACCAUAGCAACCCAACCUACUCUAAAAUUAAGCCAAAAAUAAUACUCCUCUUUGUAUGACACCCCCUUCUCCCAGCUCUGAUGGUUUUAUUGUUGUUGUUGUUUUCUUUUGGAAUAGUCUUCCAACAAUCCGAAGCAGAAGAUUAGACCAUUAGGACGGUCUAUCUAGGGGAGACAGCUCCUUAUAAUCUUUUGUUACUGAGGUCCCGUAGAUUUUAGAGAUUAUUCUUGGGCCAAACCUGUAGUCUGAUUUUAAAAGGACAUCUAUAUCACUGCCACCCAGAAACAAAGAGGGAAUCAUUAGUUAUGAUAGGCCACUAAGAGUCUGUAGGACACCAAAUGCUGAGGCCUGGAGGCUAGGCUGGGGACCUCCGAAGAGAAGGAAUCCUAGCUAAAAGGGUCCAGGUCUUAACUGUCUUAUAUGGGAGACCACCUGGAUGAGGAUCACAUGAAUUCAAAAGGACACAGUCAUGGUAUCUUAGCACUCGAAUGCCCUUGCUAGAGGGACUCUGGACAAACUGUCAGACUCUCCAGGAGUCCCUCUGAUGGCAAUGUUGCACCAGAGAGUGUCUCUGGCUCCUGGAAUCCCCUUAGGGUUCUUUAAUGAAGAAAAGAAAAACUUGAAUUGUGUUGAAUUACUGUAUCUUCUGCUUUUUUUUUUUUUUAAAGAUGAACUUGUAAAUAGAAUGAUCUGAAAUAUUAUAUGGUAAAGUUUUAUAUUUGAUAUUCUUUAAGCUAGUUGCUCCAUACAUUUAGUAUUUCGAUUGCUGAACAGAUGUGUUUAAAGGUUGAAAGAGAGGCCGGGUUAAAGAGUCAGGGUCAUGUCCCCUCUCUGGCCCAGGGAGAGAAUGUUUCCUCAUGGUUCCUGUUGGUGAGCCUGAAAGGUAGGUUGUAUCCAGCUGUCUUUGUCUACAUGUGAUGUGAGGCUUUGAAGUUCAAAAGAGCAUCUUCAGGCCAUGAAUUUUCAAAGAACUCCCACCCAACAAUAAAGGGACACUCAGGAUUUAAAUAGGUGGGGAGAGGGUGACAUGUUUGUUUUUGUUUGUAUGUUUGUUCUUCUCAGGUGUAUUUCUUGGUACCCCAGGAUGUCCAGACAAAAGGAGAUGAGACAACUAUCCCUUUUUUUCCCACAUCUCCUAAGGUGAUAUAUAUAUAUAUAUAGCUAGUUUGUAAAUGUAUCUAUCAGCUCUAAGAACAAAACAAGAAAGCCAGCUGCCGUGUUUCUUGGUCAUUGGUGAACUUUAUUCUCUUCCUGUAGCCAUGUUCCUGCACUUCCCUUUCACCUCCAGAUUCCCAGCAGCUCCAGAGUAAAACAGAAUCCCCCAGAGGGAUGCAGACAGCACUGUUGCAGUUUUUAGAGUGACUGUAAUGUUAAUAGUUCAUUGUCAGGAUUCAGAAUUGAGUUUACCAGCUCAGGAUUAUACUGUUGCCAACCAAGAACCCAGACAGGAUCAAGGGAGACUUGAACUUUCAGUCAGGUGAACACAGGAUUCCAAACUGCCAUUGCUGGGUGUGAUGGCUCAUACCUGUUCUUAGCACUCGGGAGAUGAGGACAAAGGAUUGCCGAAGUCCUACACCAGCCAGGUGGGAGGCGGGAGGAGGGUUGAAAACUAAAGGAAGAAAUGGAGUGCACUCAGGUUCCAGACCUGUUCUUUCUGAGCUUGAGAAUGAGGGGGCCUGAAGGGCAUGCACACUCAAGUAGCGUUGCUCCUUCCAAAUGAAAGAGCCCAGCACGAUACUUUUAAUACAUCUGAUGGUUUAAAUUGUCACCUGCCCCAUAAUAGAUGAAGUCUGCUUGCAGUCAGGGCCCAGCACGACUGCUUGGAUACAUACUCCUUCUCUCCUGAGCUGGCCCUGUUUUGAAGCUGCUCUCUUAAGCUGACCUCCUUCCAGUGUCCCCGAGGCCACGCAUGGCCUAUGACAGAUGGUCGCUCUGUUUCCCUUUGUCCAGCUAGGCCUCCCUCCUCCUCCUCGGGUAAAAGAACUGGGGAGAUUAAUAUGAGCCAAGUGGGAAGGAACUUGAUUAAAAGUGAAAUGUGCCCUUUCUGCUCUCUGAACACCCCUCAGCUCCCCGUGAAUAAGGAAAACUGGGGUAGAGCGUGAGGAAUGAGUUGAUAUCAGAAUGGAAGUCCGUUGAGCAGAGUCCCAAAGACUUCUCAGGAGCUUUGAGUUUCUCGUAAGGCCCUGGGAUGGGUUGGCUAUGGUUUGAAUUUUGGAGCAUCAAGAUGGUUGGGCCUCACUCUUGGAGAUACAGAGUUCCAUAAUUGAACAGUGCCAUGCCAUGCCAUGAAAUGAGAAGAGAGCUGCUCUCAGAUCCCUGCCCCCAAUCAAGGAAGAUGGGCUUGCUCAACACUGAUGAAAUUCUUUUUUUUUUUCUUUUUUCAAAAUGAAUGUGUGUGACUGACCUCCGUUCAGUGGAUGCCUCAGUUGUACUCUUUAGUGAUAGAGCCAGUCUGUAGUGUUUCUAAAGCCAUUGUGUGAAGUCUUGUGGAUGCUUUAUCCUUUUAUAACAGAGCAGAGAGGAAAUGAGAAGUGAGUGCUUGCAACCUGGCACCAGUGGGCCAGAGCCAUGCUGGCUGCUUGGGAGUUACAGACACUUACCCACAACUCCAGACAUGAGUGUGCCAUGCCUGGAUCUUAGAGGGAAAUCCUCAACUGCAUUUUUCUCCUGAAGACAGAAGCAAUCACACCAAAAGCUGAUUCUCAGUAAUAGAGCUUCCAGAAGCAUCCAUUAUUGAGGCAGGGGGAAAUAGACUAAAGAUGGCACGAGCAUCUGUUCUUGGCUGGCUGUAUCUGCUUCCUGAGACAAGGCUGUUUACCUAGCUUCAUAGCCAUGGAGCUUGGGGUGCACCAGGGACCAUCCUGGUACCCUACAUUUGCUCUAGCACCCACUGCUCUUAGUAGACAAGGGAACCAAGCCUCUGCUUAGCUACCCGACUUUCAAAGGAAUGUCCUGGUUGUCUGACACCUCCAGCAAACGUGACAGUGAUCACUUCUGUUGACAGCCCUGCCCCAACAGCACUUUAAUCAGUCAGGUGCCCCUCACAUCCCAUAGUGGUGUUUAAAAAAUGUCUUCUGUGCUCAAAUAUUUCUGCAGCCAUGCUAAUCUAGUGGUUGUCUGUGAACGUAGCAUCAAAAUGACAACAUUGGAGAGCUGUGAACCUUGCACAUUCCUCCAACAUGCCUGAGACAAGACUCCACCAAGCAAGCGAUGAGUGACUUUCUCCCUUUUGCCGCCCACAGCACUUGUCUAACUUAAGGGCUUCCAAAAGUAGCCGGAGAUUCCAGAUGUCACUCAGAGGCAGCCCUGUACUCAUGGAAGGGAAGCAAAGAUAUAAAAACACCAGGAUCAGAAAGGACAAGGUGAGCCACACUGAGGAGCCGUGGAUCUUUAAGGAGGGCUGAGAUACUGCUCUUACUUGGGAGGAAAAGUUAUUACAGAAAAAAAAAUUUCCCAACUAAUAAUUUUUCACAAGUUUGUAGGACAUUAUAAAAUGCAUGACAGAAUGUUCUACAGAGCAAGAACUGAGCAUAGUUCUAACCCACAGAGGGAGAGCCAAGAACUAUCAUGUCAAAAUUCACAUUAGUGUAGUCAGUGGGGAGCAGAGUAUUGGUAAUUCAGUGUCUUAGCAACCUGAAGUAGCUUCAGUCAGGCUGAUGUACUCUCUCUGCCAUCAUGCACGCACGCGCACACCCACCCACCAUUCCCAUGGGCUUCUGAGAAACACCAACAAACAGCAUUCUUGGGGUUCAAGAUGCCGGAAUCAGCUUGGUGUCUGUGAAAACAUACACCUGGUGAUUCUAAAACUUGUGUGUGCAUGUGUUCGUGUGUAUGUGUUCCUGUGUAGCAUGCACAUGUGUAAAGGUGUAGCCUCGGGUAUAGACACACCUGAGCUGGCACCUGUAAAGCUCUAACAGCCUUGAAGAUUUGGAGGGAGAGUGUCAGAGGAACUAGAGACUGUCAGUUUCCUAGCAAAAGAUCAAAGCUACAACCGAGUCGUCAUCUGAAGCCUCUGUUUGUGUUUAUCGAAUAGUUAUCCACAGCUGCGUUCCUUGGUGACUUAUUAAAAGUCAUGGUAAAAACUCAAACCCAUAAAUCCCCAGUAGCUAAUGCUAGGCUAGUGUUCAAAAGCACUCUAAAAGACAUUUAGUCCAUAUUUUGGGAAAGAAACUAUUUGCAUGUUUAAUUCAUCUUUUAGGCUACCGUUGAGUAUACUGUAAAGUGCUGUGUGGUAUCAAGUCAGUAAAUACUUAUAAAUGGCACUUUAAUAUUUUCUUUUGAGAAAUCAUAAAAACACUGUUGUAAAUUUCAGUAUUGAAUAUUGACUGGUACAUAGAAUCAAAUUCUGUAAUUAAAAAGUAACCUGCAGCUAGGAUAGAAUAUUUUUCUUGUUAUUAGAGGGAAAAAAAAGGCUUUGCCAUGUCGAGGCUUUUAAAAAACAUGUUUCUGUGCCAUUGUGCGUAUCUAUAAAGAAAAUACAAUUUCUUGUCAGGCGCCUCUGAAACCUGGCUUUUUUAUGUUUGGUUCCUGUCUGUGGCAAUCCCUAUAAAGUGAGUGGAAGUAUGAUUUUGAAUUAAAUGACUUUUCCAUUUGA